CUUGUGGGAGAGGGUAUAAAAGCCGCGCCAGCUGCCUUACCUCCACAGUCAAGCUUGCCUCACUACACACUCAACAUGGCGUCGAUCAAGAGUUUGCUCAUGGUCCUGGCUCUGGUUCUGGGCCUGGCUGCCGCGACCCCCGUGCCCGUGGCCUACGCCCUCCCCAUGCCUGUCGCCCUUCCUGACGGCGGGGGAUACUCGCCUUACAAGGAGGAACUCGGACGUGUCAAGAUCCAAGUGUAUCGCGGACCCAACAAGGAGAAGAUUGGGUAUGAACACUUCGCUCCCUGGGGCUUCUACUUCACCCAGCCCGAAGACUACAAGCCCUACGGUUACCACUGAGACGAUUCAGAUCUUCAAUCGGCGAAGAGACUGUUUGAUGUUAGACUGUCCGGAUUCCCCAAGUAGUUCCAAGAUCAAGACACGUAAUCAACAAGACUCAGGAUCUCUCAUAAACGAUCUUUGGCUACCUGCUACACCGACCUAAAUUGUUUCCGUUCUGAAGAUCAAUUAUUCUAGAAAUUUGCAAAACGGGAACAAUUGGGCUUAUACUGAUUUCUGUUUUGAAUUCAAUUUCGGUGUAAGUAGAAUGUGUAUUUGUAUUAGAAAGAUUUUUUUUUUAGAACUGUAUGGCCGAACAGACAAGACACGCGUGACUAUUUAUUUCGCCUAAUUUAAGCACAUUAGUCAUAGAUGUAUCAUAACUGUUAUGUUUUAUCUCUGUUAUAAUAGUAUAUAUGCUUUUUGGAUAUACUUUCGUUGCCUUUUGUAAUAAAAUUUUAUAAUUACAAAA